AAAGUGGAGCCGGGUUACUAUAGUGGACCGGCAUAUGGUACGAAUGGGAGGAGGAAGGGGCGCAACAUCUCAAUUUAUAAAACCUUCCCUAAACCCUAAUUUUCUCGGGAAACAAGCAUCCCCCAUUCCAUUUUCUCGAGAAAAUGGUCCUUCAAGUGUCUCUCGUAAUCAGCCACAUUCACGGAGGUCUAACCCUAUGCGGAAUUUGGAUGUUUUGCUGCUGAGCUUGAUCAGUAAUCCCGUAUCGAAUUGGUCUGUUUGCUCAAAUUGCCGGAAAUAGAAGAUGGGAACCAAUUAUCUGUUAUUUUUUGUGUGAGAUACUGUUGUGAUCUGUUUUUUGAGGAAUUCUUGAAAGAUUUUGAGAAAAUGUCUUCCUCUAGAAAGCCAUGUAAAACUAGUCAACCUUCAAUCAAGUACAGAGUGAACCCAGCUGAGGGAGCUUUCUUUGAGAUUGGUGAGCUUGUUCCUGAAGAAUAUGCCCCUUCCCUGCCUGAUAAUAAUAGGAAAACCCGAAUAAAAUCUGAUGCCAAGCAACCUCAAAAACUGAGCACUGCCGAGUUUAUCUCGUCGUUAAACCAUAUAUGGAACUCAGCAAGCUGUCUUGCUAUUCGUCAACAACAGACAAAUCUUGAAAGAGCCUGUUGUGUGUCUCAGAAAGAGGAUAUCCUGGUCAACCUGCAGUUGGGAGAAAAUGGCCCCAGAUCUGUUUCAGCUGAUAGUAAAUUAUUUUGCAUUGAUUCGACAACAGCUAGGCAAUUGCCAUCUGUCAUGAAGCCCAACUUUGGUUUUGUCAAAAUAACCAAGAAGAUGUCCAAGAUUGAUUUUUCUAUUGAAAAUAUUAAUCAUUCAUUUUACCAGGGGCUUUUAUGCUGUGGCUCUGAUUUCUCUAAUGAGAGUUGGAAAGGGAAUGGGCUUUCAGCUGUUGGAUUCUCAUCUGAAGUUGGAAAUGUCUAUAAAUGGAUGAGAAAGAUGAUUCCUCCUGCUGGACUUCAUCAUUUUGCCAGUGUCCCAGAUCCAGAGAUUGUGAAUAAGAAAAUUGAUGAAUAUUGCAUUGCUACAAGUAGUGGUGUAGGAAACUGCAUUUCAUCAUAUAGAACUAGUCCGAUAGAUAAUUUGCCCAUUGAAAAUGCCGAACCUUAUUCUCAUCAUAUAAAAUCUAAAGAUCUAUCCUCAUCUCAUGAUGCAAGGUUGAUUUUUAAUACAAGAGCAACCUCCUCCCUACGCUCGGAUUAUUUCCUCACUGAUGUUCGAGAAACCAAGGCAGGUUGUAGUGUUCUGAGGACUUCGGAUUCCAAUCUUUGUGCAGAUUAUCGUAUCAACUCUUUAGUUUCCCAUUACAGUACAUACAAAGAGUGGCAACUUCUUAACAACGGAAAUGAAUACCUUGACAAUCAACUAAAACAACUGGAACCAUUUUCCAGAGAUGACAGUAGAGCAGAAAGUCACUCAGGAGCAAGUGAAAAACAUCAAUAUGCUCUAGCUAAACAUGAGCAUGCUUUUGCUGGGGCUUUUGCUGGAAUAUUUGUUAGCCUUUGCCUACAUCCAAUUGAUACAGUUAAGACAGUCAUUCAAUCUUGCAAUGCAGAGCAGAAGUCGAUCUUUUGUAUUGGACGAUCGAUAAUUGCUGAAAGAGGUUUAAUUGGACUAUAUCGUGGCAUUGCUAGCAAUAUUGCAACUUCAGCUCCAAUAUCUGCCCUUUAUACUUUCUCAUAUGAAUCAGUCAAAGGGGCUUUACUUCCUCUCCUCCCUAAGGAGUAUCAUUCUUUGUCUCAUUGCAUGGCUGGUGGUUGUGCAAGCGUUGCUACUUCUUUUAUUUUUACACCUAGUGAGCGUAUAAAGCAGCAAAUGCAAGUUGGGGUACACUAUCAAAACUGCUGGAAGGUUUUAGUUGAGAUUAUCAAAAAGGGGGGUCUGCCUUCACUCUACACCGGGUGGGGCGCUGUACUCUGCAGGAAUAUUCCUCACUCAAUUAUCAAGUUCUACACAUAUGAAAGCUUGAAGCAAGUCAUGUUGAUGUCAUUGCAAUCCCCUGCUCAACCGAACACAUUACAGACACUAGUUUGUGGAGCCGUGGCUGGUUCAUCCGCAGCUUUCUUCACAACUCCCUUUGAUGUGGUUAAGACAAGAUUACAGACACAGAUACCUGGGUCUUUGAGCCGAUACAAUAAUGUGUACAAUGGCCUCCAAGAUAUAUGGAUGCAUGAAGGGUUGAAAGGUGUAUAUAGGGGAUUGGUUCCUCGGAUAGUUAUGUAUACGACACAAGGAGCACUCUUCUUUGCAUCAUAUGAGUUCUUCAAGCAGUUAUUAUGUUCAGAGGCACCACGAUCAACCACUCAAAAACAGGAAAAAGAAAAUGAAGACGAUUCUUCGUUAUAAUUACCGUCACCAACAUUGACAUCGACUACAAGACACCAUCAUCACCACCAUCAAGGUUGCACGGUUGACAUUCAUAGUGGUUAGAAAAGCACUUACAUGGACGCAUUGUUGGCAAGCUGAUAAUGGCAUGUAGCAUUAAAGCAUUUACAUAACUAGUUUUUGGUUGCUGAGACCUUUCCGAAGGAAAAUCUUCAUCCAAAUAAUGGCGGAAAACUAAUUGAUUCAAGGCAGAGCCUGACAUGUAAAUUUACUGUGUUCCAUCUUGCCUUCUAUGUAAAGUUUCUUUUGUGGUAAACUGAUAAUGGAAUCAGGGACGACUGGUGCAAGCAGACCGCUCAUUAUUACUUACAUGGACACUGGUAUGUGCCCAACACAAGUGCAUUCGAUUU